AUGCUCCACUACAACAUCAGAUACAGCCCAAGUAAAAUACAGGACACGAUCCCAAUACAACACCGAACACGACCCACGACAACACCGGACACGGCCCCACUACAACACCAGACACGGCCUCACUACAACACCAGUCAUGUCCCCACUACAACCCCAGACACGGCCCAACUACAACAUCAGUCACGUCCCCACUACAACACCAGACACGGCCCCACUACAACACCAGACACGGCCCCACAACAACACCAGACACGACCCACUAUAACACCAGACACGGCCCCACUACAACACCAGACACGGCCCCACUACAACACCAGACACGGCCGCACUACAACACCAGACACGGCCCCACUACAACACCAGACACGGCCCCACUACAACACCGGACACGGCCCCACAACAACACCAGACACGACCCACUAUAACACCAGACACGGCCCACAUACAACACCAGACACGACCAACUAUAACACCAGACACGGCCCACAUACAACACCAGACACGGCCCCACUACAACACCAGACACGGCCCCAAUACAACACCAGACACGGCCCCACUACAACACCGGACACAACCCCACUACAACACCGGACAUGGCCCAACUACAACAUCAGACACGGCCCCACUACAACACCAGACACGGCCCCACUACAACAGCAGACACGGCCCCACUACAACACCGGACACGGCCCCACUACAACACCAGACACGGCCCCACUACAACACCAGACACGGCCCACUACAACACCAGACACGGCCCCACUACAACACCAGACACGGCCCCACUACAACACCAGACACGGCCCCACUACAACACCGGACACGGCCACACUACAACAUCAGACACGGCCCUUCUACAACACCAGACACGGCCGCACUACAACACCAGACACGGCCCCACUACAACACCAGACACGGCCCCUCUACAACACCAGUCACGACCACCAGACACGGCCCCACUACAACACCAGACACGGCCACCAGACACGGCCCCACUACAACACCAGGCACGGCCCACUACAACACCAGACACGUCCGCACUACAACACCGGACACGGCCCCACUACAACACCGGACACGGCCCCACUACAACACCGGACACGGCCCCACUACAACACCGGACACGGCCUACUACAACACCGGACACGGCCCCAUUACAACACCAGACACGGGCCCAUUACAGCACUAGACACGGGCCCCACUACAACACCAGACACGGCCCCACUACAACACCGGACACGGCCCCAUUACAACACCGGACACGGUCCCACAACAACACCAGACACGGCCCCACUACAACACCAGACACGGCCCCACUACAACACCAGACACUGCCCCAUUACAACACCGGACACGGCCAUACUACAACAUCAGACACGGCCCCACUACAACACCAGACACGGCCGCACUACAACACCAGACACGGCCCCACUACAACACCAGACACGGCCCCACUACAACACCAGACACGGCCCCACUACAACACCAGACAUGGCCCCACUACAACACCAGACACGGCCCCACUACAACACUAGACACGGCCCCACUACAACACCAGACAUGGCCCCACUACAACACCAGACACGGCCCCACUACAACACCAGACACAGACACACUACAACACCAGACAUGGCCCCACUACAACACCAGACACGGCCCCACUACAACACCAGACACAGCCACACUACAACACCAGACACAGCCACACUACAACACCAGACACGGCCCCACUACAACACCGGACACGGCCCCACUACAACACCAGACACGGCCCCUCUACAACACCAGUCACGACCACCAGACACGGCCCCACUACAACACCAGACACGGCCACCAGACACGGCCACCAGACACGGCCCCACUACAACACCAGACACGGCCGCACUACAACACCGGACACGGCCCCACUACAACACCGGACACGGUCCCACAACAACACCAGACACGGCCCACUACAACACCGGACACGGCCCCAUUACAACACCAGACACGGCCCCACUACAACACCAGACACGGCCCCACUACAACACCAGACACGGGCCCACUACAGCACCAGACACGGCCCCACUACAACACCGGACACGGCCCCAAAACAACACCGGACACGGCCACACCAAACACCGGACACGGCCACCAGACACGGCCACACUACAACACCAGACACGGCCCCACUACAACACCAGACACGGGCCCACUACAACACUAGACACGGGGCCCACUACAACACCGGACACGGUCCCACUGCAACACCGGACACGGGCCCACUACAACACCAGACACGGCCACACUAUAACACCGGACACGGCCCCACUACAACACCGGACACGGCCCCCACUACAACACCGGACACGGGCCCACUACAGCACCGGACACGUCCACACUACAGCACCGGACACGGCCCCCACUACAACACCGGACACGGGCCCACUACAACACCAGACACGGCCCCACUACAACACCGGACACGGGCCCACUACAACACCAGACACGUCCACACUACAACACCAGACACGUCCACACUACAGCACCGGAUACGCAAAUCACGCUUUGCAACUCAAUUCUCGAAGGAAAGAUAUACUCUAUGUUUAUUGUAGGAUACUGUUUACAUAUGUCAUACAAAAAAGACGUCUUGUAUUUUUGUCAACUUACUUCAUGAUGAUGUCAUAA